AUGCCGUCCUUCUCCAACGACGUCGCCUAUCAGUCGUCCACCGCAACCGCCACCCACCCUCGCCCGUUCGACUCGCCGCAAGGAAAAGCGCCCGAGAAGAACUCCGUGGGGAAUACGUUCUUGUGGACAAAUUGGCCCAAUGGCGACGCCAACCAUCUCGAUGCCCCUCCAAAUGACCACCAACUCACAAACGGCAGUGCCUAUUCUUUGAAUGGUCCGCGGUCAAGCGCCAGCUCCUACACCAGAGACUUGCCGCACUCGAAAGACGGCAGCAUGCACUCCUUAGGAAACGGGUCGGCUCGGGAACCGAGAGAGGGCGGGCGGCCGUCGAAUACGCUGGAUCGCGAUACUCCCAAGAGGUCGGCGGAGACUCGACCUCGUGCCGCCUCGCCCGCGACGUCGGUCGCAAGCCAGCAGGUCAAUGGGACGCUAAGCCCUCGCUCGCUCAACGGCAAGCCGACGGUGAACGGAGACCACGUCCGACCCUCCGCCGACGAAAUGGUGGCUCCGGACUCGAUAGGAAACGCCUCAGCGACACGAUUGUCGACCUCUCAGCCUGAUGACGCUGGCCGUCUCUCGCCCGACCCCGAUCGCUUGUCGCCCUCGCAGAAAAGUCCCCACCGUUACUCCUCCCCCCCCGUCCCGCCUAGCAUGGAUAGCAGCGCACAAGAGCCGACAGGCACCGGUCUCCGACAUCGACAUACGCUGCAAGUCCCUAAAACGACCGGUGCCCGCCGAAGUAGUCGUGACCAUACCGACGACGCUGCCUACAGCAGUGGUCGUCUGUCCCCCACAACGGGAGCUCGCCGCACUUCCUUCAGCUUGGCCCGACGGGCCACCCGAACCAACCAGUCCGACUCAUUUCCCGACGAUGCUGCUGCGGAUGAAGAUGCGGCCCGAUGGGCGGAAGCCAUCAAACAGCGCCGGGCCUCCAAGCGAAGACGCCGGGACGACGACGAGGAAGAUCACGUUAUCGUUGGGACCAAGGUCGACCAGAACCAUGUGAAUUAUGUCACAGCCUACAACAUGCUCACCGGAAUCCGAUUCACGGUAUCGCGGAUCAAUGCGAAGAUGGAUCGAGAGUUGACUCCGGCGGAUUUUGAGGCGAAGCAUAAAUUCUCGUUUGAUAUCACCGGGAAUGAACUGACACCUUCUGCCAAAUACGAUUUCAAAUUCAAGGACUAUGCGCCCUGGGUGUUCCGUCACCUGCGAGCCAAGUUCCGACUCGACCCUGCCGAUUACCUGAUGUCGCUUACCAGCAAGUAUAUCCUUUCCGAAUUGGGCUCGCCGGGAAAGAGUGGAAGUUUCUUCUACUUUUCCCGGGAUUACAAGUACAUCAUCAAAACCAUCCACCAUUCCGAACACAAGCUGUUGCGAAAGAUCCUCCCCGAAUACUACCGGCACGUCGAGAAGAACCCCAACACCCUGAUCUCGCAAUUCUAUGGCCUUCACCGCGUCAAGAUGGCCUAUGGCCGCAAAAUCCACUUCGUCGUCAUGAACAACCUGUUCCCUCCCCACCGCGAUAUCCACCAGACCUUCGAUUUGAAAGGUUCGAUGAUCGGUCGUGACUUGCGCGAAGAGGACCUGGAGAAGAACCCGCGGGCCACGUUGAAGGAUCUGAACUGGGUGCGGAGGGAGCGCGAGAUUCAGUGUGGUCCGUCCAAGCGGGAUAUCUUCCUCGCUCAGCUGAAGCGUGACGUGGAAUUGCUGAAGAAACUGAAGAUCAUGGAUUACUCGCUCCUGGUUGGAAUCCAUGACCAGGAACGAGGAAACGAGGAGAAGCUCCGCGAUAAGACCCUGCAGGUGUUCCAGCCUGGGGGUGACCGCGAGGAAGACGCCAACCCCAACAUGCUGAUGCGCACGCCGUCCAAACUGGAGAACGAACGCAAAGCACGUGAGCUCCGCAUGCUCAUCAAGCGUGAACGCCCAGUGCCGCUUGAUCAAGCGACUGCGAAGAUGCCCGACGAAAUCCUGGACGAGAGGAAACAUCACGUCUUCUACUCGGACGAUGGUGGAUUCCGAGCUACGCACGAAAACGGCCAGCCCGGCGACGAGAUUUACUAUCUGGGAAUCAUCGACUGCCUGACCCACUACGGAUUUAUUAAGAAGAUAGAGCACUUCUUCAAGGGCCUCUCUCACGACCGGACGCAGAUCUCUCCUAUCCCGCCAGAGGGCUAUGGGGAUCGGUUCGUGAACUUCGUCAAGGGCAUAACCAUGUCCAAAGAGGAGGGGGAACGACACCGGGAAGCACGGGCAAUGGGGCGACCCUCUGCGGAGCGCUCCGAGUCUGUUGAGCGCACGAUGCAGGCGGCGGAGAAGGAGGCGUCCAAGGACAUCUCGACGGCCGAGCCUCGGACGCUAUCGACCGUUCGCGACCCCGGGGACCCCAGCACUGUGGCUCCUUCUUUCCUGCCCAUCGUGGACGAGGCCGGCGAGGCCAGCAGUGUGGGCGGACACAGUCAACACAGUCGCCAUCGCCCCUCGUCAGCCGCUGCCCUCGACAAAGAGCUGCCGGCGGUUCCCCAGGCUAACGGCUCACCCUUCGCUGGAAAAGGCAAGGGAGUCUCCCGAGAUGGGCAACCCGACUGGGUCUCCUCGGGCAGACAAUAG